UGAUAACGUUGAGGGGUGGGCGCGCGCUAAUGUUUACUACCACUGGGCUGUCAAUAAUUUAAUCGUAAAAAAAACCCAAAAGAAAAACGGGGAUUUCUGUCGAUAUUUCAACAGCGGACGUAACGACCGGUGUGCAAUGGUGCUAACUAAAUGACCUCUUCUCGCAUUCAGUUCCUGAAUAUCUUGCCUCCAUCCUCGCGUGUCUUCUCAGUGUCCUGAUGGAGUGGGUGUUCAUCAUGAACCGGAUGAGCUCUCAGGGCAGCUCCGCAGCCCAGCGAAGGCGCAUGGCCCUGGGGGUGGUGAUCCUCCUGCUGGUGGAUGUCAUCUGGGUGGGCUCCUCUGAGCUAACCUCCUACAUUUUCAAGCGCCAGGAGUACAACAAACCCUUCUUCAGCACAUUCACCAAAACCUCCAUGUUCGUACUGUACUUGCUGGGUUUCCUGGUGUGGCGGCCCUGGAGGCAGCAGUGCACCGGCUCUCUGAAACGGAGGCACUCUGCGUUUUUUGCUGAUGCCGAGGCCUACUUUGCACCCUGCACCACAGACACCUCCGUGAACAACUGUUUGAGCGAACCGCUGUACGUUCCGGUGAAGUUCCAGGACGUACCUGCCGAGCACUCCAAUUGUCUGAUGGGAGACUGUGAAUCUGCGGCUUCCAAAAAGCAGCGUGUGCGUUUUAGUAACAUCAUGGAGGUGCGUCAGCUGCCCUCUACUCAAGCCCUGGAGGCCAAACUGUCCCGCAUGUCCUACCCAGCUGCCAAGGACCACGAGGCCAUGUUACGCACAGUGGGCAAGCUCACUAUCACCGAUGUGGCCAAAAUCAGCUUCUUCUUCUGCUUUGUGUGGUUUCUGGCUAACCUGUCCUACCAAGAAGCCCUGUCCAACACGCAGGUGGCCAUUGUCAACAUCCUGUCGUCCACCUCAGGCCUGUUCACGCUCAUCUUAGCAGCCAUAUUUCCCAGCAACAGCACCGACCGGUUCACCUUGUCCAAACUGUUAGCGGUGUCUCUGAGCAUGGGAGGCGUCGCCCUCGUGAGCUUCUCCAGCAUGGACAACCCGGAUGAGAACGGCGUCGCAGGUUCUUUGUGGUCGCUGGCGGGGGCGGUGCUGUACGCCGUCUACAUCGUGAUGAUCAAGAGACGAGUGGACCGGGAGGAUAAGCUGGACAUCCCCAUGUUCUUCGGGUUUGUGGGCCUGUUCAACCUGCUGCUGCUGUGGCCCGGCUUCCUCCUGCUCCACUACACGGGCUUCGAGGCCUUUGAGCUUCCCAGCCAGCUGGUGUGGACGUACAUCCUCAUCAACGGCCUCAUUGGAACCGUCCUCUCCGAGUUCCUCUGGCUCUGGGGCUGUUUCCUCACAUCGUCUCUGAUCGGGACUCUGGCAUUGAGCCUCACCAUCCCGCUCUCGAUUAUGGCAGAUAUUUGCAUGCAGAAGGCCCGAUUCUCGUGGCUGUUUUUCGCCGGGGCGGUGCCGGUCUUCCUGUCCUUCUUCAUCGCCACGCUCUUAUGCCACUACAACAACUGGGAUCCGGUCCUGGUGGGGCUGAGGAGAGUGUACGUCUUCAUUUGCAGGAAACAUCGCGUUCAGAGAUUGCCAGAAGACAGUGAGCAGUGUGAAAGCCUUAUCCCUCUCCACCCCAUCUCCCCCAAAGAAGCCAGCUUCUGUUCGUGAACACAAAGUGGUGAACGUGGAUCUCAGACAAUCUGGAAAGCCUUCAGAGACAUUGAACUAAGUGCCUUCUAUUAAAUCUAUUUAUUUUCUACGGUGUUGAGACAACGCAUACAUUUCUCCUUUUUUUCUCACAUUCCAGUCAUCACAGACUGAUAUUCAGUUUUUUCUUAUGUUUAAAAAAAAAUAUAUAUAUAAACCUCAUGGUUGUCAAGGUGCUAGACUUUAUCAGUGAUUGUCAUGUGACCAAAUGAAAACGGUACAUUUUGAACUCAAUCAUAACACUAACAGAGGCAGAGUUAUUAGUGUGUGUGUGUGUGUGUGUGUUUCUUUUAAAUAUCUGAAAUCAGUGUUCAGAGUUCACCAUUUUUUAUUUUUUUUCCCCGGAGGCCUUUUUGAAGCCUCGCUGCUUGUUUUCAAGCGAAUGUGUGCAGCAGACAUUUUGCAUUUUCACAAAGCACAAUCUGUCAAGACGACGUUUGUCUUUGAUGCCUUUUUGUUUUUGUUUUUCAUAAACAUCGGCCAUGUGACGCACCCUCGUGUUGACGAGCCGCAUGUAGCUCAGCCUCCGGCAGCUCGGGUAGUGACCCUUCACCUCUGCGCAGGUGUCUCGUGAGAUAUUCCUUCAGGUGAUCAUAACACUGUCCUGACAGGAUUCAACAACCCUUUUUUUCUUUUUUUCUUUAAGUCGGACAUGAAGAAGAGAGCUGAACAAGAGAGCCUCCCUCCCUCCGACAUCUUGUUCAUCUCUGUAGCCGCUGACAGAAAAACAAAACUGUGAUAGAAACGUAAUCUUUGUGAACUGAUCGUCGGCCUUUUCCCAACGCAAUAAGCUACAAAACUGCAAUAACGGUCGCCUGCUCCUACGAGCAGUUUUCCUCCUUUUUUUUGUUGUUGUUUAAAAUGGGGCGUAAAUACUUGUUCACAGUGAAGCAUUAAUAGAGUAUUGAUGUUGUUUUUUUUGUGAAAUUCAGAUGACCACUACAGAUUUAUGUCUUUUUAAAAUUGUGUAAAAGUUUUUUUUAUAUUUUCUGUAUCAUUGUAAAUGAUUUUUAGCCGGGGGAAGAGUUUUGCAUAACAGCCAAAAUUACUUAUAUAUAUAUAUAUAUAUACAAAUGUCUCUUUUUUUUGCCUCAAGCAAAAAAAUGAUUUAUUUACUGUUGUUUUGGGAAUUCAUGACAAAACAAAAACAUUUCAAUUAGCAGCCGUAGUGUCGGACGUGUGAUAUCUUUACGGAGAGUUUAUUACUGAACACAUGACAUGGAGGAUGUUAAUAACUGUCCCGUGAGGAUGAAUUAACGAGGUAGAGCACUUUAAGUGACAUAUUUAAACUGGUUCAUGUUCAUUAUUGUACUCGCUGUGUUUUUAAGCCAAUCGUGUCACAGUUGCAAGUAUAAAAGCUUUUUUCUUUUCUUUUUUUUAAGGAGGAUUAGUUCCCCCAUGUGCUCCGCUUAGACUUCAAGGGAUAGGAUUUAUUUUUCUUUCUCAGGUUCUUCUUUUUGUUCUUCUUCUUUCUGAGCAAUUUCUCUUUCUAAGUGUCAUUAAUGAAGAUUGUUAUAAGAUCUAAAAGAAGAAGGCCGUGAUACUAACCCCUCCCCCUUUUUAUCAACCUCGGCUCUUUGAAUCGUGCUUUUAUUUUUGCGAGUCUGUUUUCAUACUCCUACACUGCACUAUUAAAAGAUAUCUUUGUAAAUCUG